AUGGGUACGUACCGUUUUGAAUUGCGACUUUUCUAUUUACCAAUCCCCCUUCCUUUACUACUUAUAUAUCGUGAACUCGUUGCUUCCCCCAUCCGGUACGGCUUUUGGUUUAUUGUUAGACGUGCCUUAUCUAUUAAUACAAGUGAUUCAUACCAUUUCUUAACCCAUUUUCAUCUUUGUUCGAUAUUCAGACUGGUACACCACUACAUCAACACAUCUUCAACGCCCACCAUGUCAUCACAACGCUUCUACCUUCUGGGUGAAGAUCCCUCUACCACAACAGAGAUCGAGAUCCCUGCCUCAACAGACGAGGAGGGUCUUCAGCAUCUUGCCGCCUCUCACUUUGCUGUCGUCGACCACAAGGGUGUCGGCUUCACCUUUGGAGAUGAGGCUCUGACAACAGUCGCCGACGUCCUCGCUGUUGAGGGCCCCGUUGCUAUCACCAUCGAUGGCCAUGCCGUCCGCGAUGUCCCUGGCCCGACCGGCCUGCCUUUCAUCGGCAACUACUUCGAGGUUUACCCCGACCAUCUUGGCAACCACCAGCGCCUAUUCGAGAAGUACGGCCCCCUCUUCAAGACCAACAACAUGGGCUCUGUCAUCUACCACACAAACGACCCCGCUCUUGCCAACAUCGUAUUCUCCGAGAGCGAUUUCUUCACCAAGAACAUCAUCCCCGGACACCCCCUGUACCCCAUCAAGAACAAGGAGUCCGGUGUCUUUCUGGGCGACACCGACACCCCCGAAUGGAAGCUGGCCCACAAGUUCCUGCCCCCGGCUUUCGGCCCCAAGGCCGUUCGCCACUACGCGCCCACCAUGCAGGCCACCAUCGAGGACGCUUUCAAGGUCUUUGACGAACUCGACGAGCGCGAUGAGGCCUGGAACGUCUAUCCUUAUAUGCUGAAGCUCGGUUCCCAGGCCGUUGGUAAGCUCGUACUCGGCAUGGACUUCAAGCACUUCACCGCUGUCGAUGCCCCGCCCCAUGAGAUGGUUAUGCGUAUUGCUCAAUCCCUUGAGCUGAACAAGAAGGUUACCGCCAUGGGUAGCUGGUACGCCUCCCUGCCCUUCGGUGACCCCAAGCGCCUCCGCGAUGCCCGCUGGCGCAUCAUUGAGAUGAUGAACGAGUCCAUCAACGCCGCCUCCAAGGGUAUCGAAGAUCUCGAGCUGCAAGAAGCGGCCCUCAAGGCCGAGAACAUGGUCGACUACGUUCUGCGCGCCGCCGACCGUGAGGGCAACAAGCUGCCCAAGGACCGCAUCAUGGAGCCCCUCGUCGUCGCCACCGGUGCCGGCUUCACUACCACCUCUUCCCUUCUCUCCUGGCUGCUGUACGGCUUGGUCGCCUACCCCGGUAUGCAGGAGCGCCUGCUGCAGGAGCUCAUCGACAACGACUUCGACGAGAACACCCAGAUCACUGCCGAGCUCACUCAGAAGCUGUCUUUCCUCGACAAGUACAUCAAGGAGACCCAGCGCAAGCACAACCCCUCCUACCAGCCCGCGCGCACCUCAAAGGUCGACAUGAUUCUGCCCGGUGGCUACAGACUGCCCAAGGACUCCAUCGUCAUCCCUGCCAUCCACCACAUCCACAACAACACCCUUGUAUGGGACAACCCCGCUCGCUUCGACCCCGACCGCUGGGACACGGAGAAGGUCAAGAACCGCCCCAACGCCUCCUACAUCCCCUUCGCCACCGGCCCCCGCAUGUGCAUCGGCUUCAACUUUGCCCUGCAGGAGGUCAAGGUCUUCCUGCCCAAGCUCAUCUACCGCUACAAGUUCAGCCUGGCUCAGGACGGCCCCGUCGAGUACGACCCCAUGUUCCAGCUCAUCCGCCCCAACAACCUGUACGUGCGCGCUGAGCGGAGAGUCAAGUGGCCUCCCAGGAGCGACGCCUAA